UUCAAAUAUCGCACUUACGCACCUAGCGAGCACUCCGCUGUGCCCAGCGAGUCGUUCUUUCAACUCGGUGUGCUCUGUUCUCCAAUUCAUCCCAUUGGCCGUCCACAAUGCCACAGAAGUUGAAGCUCGCAGCCGCGCAAAGCCGCACCCUUUCCACCACCGCGGAGACGCUCCACGCGCUUGAAGCAACCACACGUAAAGCCGCAUCCCAAGGCGUUGACAUCAUCCUCUUCCCGGAGGCUUACCUAGGCGGUUACCCACGCACCUGCACCUUUGGCAAUGCGGUAGGGGGACGAACGACCGAGGGCCGCGACCAGUUCCUCUCCUACUUCCAUGCAGCUGUUGACUUGGGCGACACGCCGUCUGGCGGCGGAGACGACUGGGUAGAACGACGCCUCGAGUUACCAAAAGGCAAGAAGUACCGCGGCGAUGGCACCCGCGAGGAGCUCGAGCGCAUCGCCCGCGAGACUGGCGUCUUCAUCGUUACGGGACUUGUCGAGCGAUGCGCGGGUACCCUCUACUGUGGUGCGCUCUACGUAUGUCCCAAAGCCGGUGUGCUGGGCAAGCGACGCAAAGUCAUGCCCACGGGUAGCGAGCGCAUGAUUUGGGGCCAGGGGUCGCCGUCCACGCUACGCGCUGUCACCACGGAGAUCAAGGGCGUGAGGCUGUGCAUGGCGGCGGCCAUCUGCUGGGAGAACUACAUGCCGCUGCUAAGGCAGGCACUGUAUAGCCAGAAUGUGAAUUUGUGGUUUGCGCCGACGGCGGAUGCGAGGGAUAGCUGGGCGAGCUUAAUGAGGACGGUGGGAAUUGAGGGGAGGUGCGCGGUGGUUAGCGCAAAUCAGUGUGUCAAGAAGAGCCAAUUGCCGGAGUGGAUUACUGGGGAGUCUGCGACGACGACGACGACGACGGCGAAUGGCAAUGUGAGCGAAACCGCAGAGCCUGGUCACAAUAGGUCGAGGAGAAGAAGCACGAUCACUGUGACUGAGGACAAGCAUGAGAUAUGCUGGCCCAUCGUCGAGGAGAAAGCGAACGGCGCUUCGCAGCCAAACGGCGACGGCUCGGCCAUCGAAGACGAACCUCAGACAGCUAUCCAUACCGCUGCUCCCAAAAGCAAACUUUCGCAGUCCAUAACACACUCCGCACCUCAGGGGCAGGUUGACCCCAGUGGCAACGAAUUCGUCUCCCGUGGUGGCUCUUGCAUCGUCUCACCCUUCGGCGAGGUCCUCUCGGGCCCACUGUGGGAGGUCGAGGAUGAGAUGCUGAUCCAGAAAGUCGAUUUCGAAGACUGCGAGAGGGGCCGCCUGGAUCUAGAUGUAGCGGGGAGCUAUGGAAGGUUAGAUAGCUUCCAUCUAUCCGUGGAUGGGCUAGAUCUAAACCCUCCGCCGUAGUGGAUGUGAAGAUCCAUAUUUGACGUGUUGGCAUCGAUCAGGGAUAGCUUGAGAUCAUCACUAGGUUGACAGCUUGGGCGAAAGCUUAAGCGUUGUAAUGCUCAGUCGGAGAAUAUAAGUAUCGUACUAGAUCGCCAUGGCAAUUUUAGGGGCGGAGUGCUGUGGGACUGUUA